UGCCAAUCCCAUGCUCUUCCCAUGCUCAUCCCCCAUGUCUACCACCAUCCACCACCCAUGAGACCAUGACCAUCCCAUACCUUCCCAUGCCCAUCCCCUGCCUUCUCCUCCCUUGAAGUCCUUGAAGUCCACGAGUCCUUAGCAUGUGGCAUGGACCCUGGUUUCCGUAGAGUUUCCCUGACUUCCCUGCCUCCCCUGCUCUUUCUCCAUCAUCUCCCUGGCUCUUUCUCCUCUUUUCUCCAUCAAAUUACUCACUAGCGCACGCCGUCGCGUCCACUACGACCUUCCAUCCUUCCACACAUACAGUACGCACUGUACACAACAGUGCACAGCACGGUAUUUGUGUGUAUUUGUGUGUACACGAACAGCAUGGUUUAACGAUUUAGUACUGUGCAACUAUCCAAUACACACACUCUCUCUCGCCUUCCUACGGCAGAAUUCGAAGACUAUUCGGCCCUCGAGUAUUCGGCCCUCGACUAGACUUGCAGACAAUACAGCAGUCUACGAAUUGAAGGUCAGCCUGGAUCACAGCCUGCAUCACAUCCUGCAUCACACUCCAACAACACCCUGCGUUGCCCUGCAUCACUCCCAUCACUCGGAGCCACUCGUCGGGACUCUGUCUGCGUGUAAUACUGGUAAUACUGCAAGACACCCACCGAUACUACCCAAGGACCCCCCGAGGACCCUCCGGGAUACUCCCUUGUCCCACAUCAAUACCCAGCGGCUUGGGCGAAAUACUUCCUCCCUCCGUUACGAGUUACAACUUACGACUUACGGCUUCUACAAUAGCCUGCGACAACAGACUAUAACCGUCAAUAUCGAACUAGCCAGCCUGAAAGGACACUAUUGGGACUCCCAGACUGAGCCCAGAGAGCGGAGAGAGGGGACAAGAAGAGACAAAGACACACAAAGAGGGGCUCGACCACACACCACUCGUCCCGCUGGGAACAAAAAGCCCCAAAAAGAAUCCACAAUUACCACCAAAUCCCCAAAUUUACCACCACCGACUACUAAGGACUACUACGACCCCACCACAAUUCGACCUCUCGAACCACUCGAAUCACUCCACCGCAUUACAACCUACCACUACCAACGCCACUAUAUCCUACUCUACCUCCAUCGCUGCCUGCCAUCUGUCAUCCCAAGCAAAGAAAGACCUUCCAGCCCCAAACCCUCCCACCACGCCCAGCCGUGUCUUUCGGAACCCCCGCCACCAAGAAGAUCCCCCAGAUAGUCAACUGCUCGUGCUCACCUCACCUCCGCACUUUCCUCCGCUUCUGACGCCCCCACCUUUCACACCAUCUACCACCUACCUCCUUCUCUUCUCUCGGUCUGGACGACAACCUCACCCCAGCCUCGAUUCCUCUUCCGACCUUUCAUAUAUAAUCAUGGGCGAUUGAGUCAACACAUUCAUUCCCUUUUGUGUAUACCCUUUCAACAAUGAGAUCCUCCAAGAGCGCGUCGGCGAAGGCUCCUCCGCCGCUGCUGACAGGCGCAGCAAAACUCGCCGAAGUGAAGCGCCUUCUCGAGAAGUUGUCGCUGGACCUGCAGAAGAUUUGCAUGCUGCCACAUCAGCGAGACGCGGCCCUCGAGCAGCUGAAGCUGUACGGUCGAGAUCCAGUAGAUGCCGAGCCCAUCUUCACCCAAGAGGGAAUCGAAACCCUCACACGCCACGCCUUCAACAGUCCCUCCUUCACAACAUCUCGCAAUGCGCUGCGCUGCCUGGCGAAUGCGCUCCUCCUCCGGGCCUCGUCGCGAGCCGUCUUUGUCGACCUACACUACGAGAUGAAGCUGUGUCAGCGACUCAGCAACGACAAUCGCGAAGACGAAUUCCUCGUCUCGCGCAUCAUAUUCCUCACGACAUACGGCGGUAACAUGGACCUUGAGAACCUGAUCGACAACCACCACCUCGCCGAGAACAUCAACCAAAACAUCUCGCGCCACGCCAAGCAGUACGACGAGGUGCAGAAGAUCGAGAAGAAGGAGAGCGACCGCUCCUCGGCCUCGUCCAUGUCCACGAAGGAUAGGGAGAAGAGGGAGAAGAAAGAGAGGAAGGCCAAGGAGAAGGAAAUGAAGAAGAACGCCAAGAACCCCGAAUCCACCGAGCCGGACCCGAUGGAAGACAUGUCCCUGGCUGAAACCCUCAAGCUCCUCUUCAACACCACCCACUUCUGCCGCGAGCGCGCCUCCGCCUUCGUCCCCGCCAUCCCCUCCAUCAUGCGCCUCCUCCUCAAGCGCGCCGUCGCCCCCACCAACCCCAUGGAGCCCCCCACUGCCCAACUAAUCAGCGCCCUCAUCAACCUCCCCCUCGACCUCGCCGAGUCCCACCUCUUCCCCCGCUCCGACCCAAAGAUCCACGUCGAGCGCCUCGUCAACCUCCUCGACCUCGCCACAGCCGCAUACCCAGAGCGCGACCUCGAACAGCAGGUCUCACCCCUCCUCUCCCUCCUUCGCAAGAUCUACGCCGUCGCGCCGCGGCCUGUUAAGGUGCACCUCCGCAUGCUCCUCCUCCCGACGGCAGAGGAUAGACUAAAGCCCUUGGGCGCGACUAAUACCCUCUCCUCGCGCAUCCUCAAGCUGUCUACCUCACCCCUCGCCCCUACGGCGCGCGAAGAGCUCUCCCACCUCCUCUUCGAGAUGAGCGACAAGGACGCCAAGAAUUUCGUCCAGAACGUCGGGUACGGCUUCGCCUCGGGCUUCUUAUUCCAGAAUAACGUGCCGAUCCCAGAGAACGCCUUAGAUGCGUGGAGUAUCAACGAUUCGGCGAGUAUGGGCGGGCGCAGCAGCGUAGGGGAGAGGAGUAGCAGUUCCAGCGCCAGGACAUUUGGGAUGGUGGGCGGGAAGGCGGUGAAUCCGAUUACGGGGCAGACGCUGGAGAGUGAGGAGCCCUGGGAGGGACCGAAGAUGACGAGGGAGGAGAAGGAGAGGGAGGCGGAGAGGUUGAUGGUUAUGUUUGAUAGAUUACAGAAGAACGGCAUCAUCAAGACAGAAAAUCCAAUGCGGACGAUGCAGCAUGAGGGUCGGUUUGAGGAGCUGUCGGAUGAUGAUUCGAGCUAGAUGCUCUCGUUGUCUCGGUAGUGUGGGUUGUGGGUUUGGGGUUGGUUGGAUUGGAUCGGAUCGGAUUGGGGUUGGAUAACGGUGGUGGGUAUAGGAGGAUAUGGGGG